AAAAAAAAAAUGGGAGGUCAGCGGCAGCUUUCUUGAUUCUCCAUUCUUGAUCCAUCUCCUCUGCAAAGCUCAAGCUGCAAGCAAGAAAUCUCUCUCUCUCUCCACCAAUUCACUCACCAUUAUAGCUCAUGGAUUCCCAAACACAUCCCUACCGAGCUGCCUCAAAAUCCAAAACUUUCCUGUUCUACGUACCCGCCAUCCUCAUCCUCUCGCUAGCCAUCUUGAUCACUCUCCCCGGCUCAAACUUCUCCAAAACCCAUCACUUGAAAACGCUCCUUUCGCUAAACCCAAGAUCCAUCGUCCAUAAAGUUUCCAACUUUGUCCUUCGGAUCCGAAAACCCAACCAAGACCGGAUCCCGGACUCGGACCCAGCACCGCCAUACUGUGUCCUAUGGAUGGCUCCUUUCCUCUCCGGUGGUGGGUACAGCUCAGAGGCCUGGUCCUACAUUCUGUCCCUCCAGGAGCACGUGAAAAGCCCCAAAUUCAGGUUGGCCAUUGAGCAACAUGGUGAUCUUCAGUCCCUUGAGUUCUGGAAGGGUUUGCCGGAGAAGAUGCAGAGACUGGCUAUCGAGCUUCACCGGACAGACUGUGCAGCGAGCAACACCAUUGUGGUAUGUCACAGUGAGCCUGGUGCUUGGUACCCGCCGUUGUUUCAGACCUUGCCUUGUCCGCCAUCUGGUUAUGGUGAGUACUUGUCUGUGAUUGGGAGGACCAUGUUUGAGUCUGACAGAGUCAACCCUGAGCAUGCCAAGAGAUGUAAUAGGAUGGAUCAGGUGUGGGUUCCUACUGAUUUCCAUGUGGGCACCUUUGUUGAUAGUGGGGUUGAUCCAUCCAAGGUAGUUAAGGUUGUUCAGCCGAUAGAUGUGGAGUUUUUCGAUCAGGCCAAGUAUGAGCCGCUUGAUCUCGGUUCUUUUGGAAAUUUGGUCUUAGGUGAAGAACAAAAGGGUCUUCUUGGUUUGGAAAAAAAGGAGUUUGUGUUCCUGAGUAUCUUUAAGUGGGAGUAUAGGAAAGGUUGGGAUGUGUUGUUGAAGGCAUAUCUAAAUGAGUUUUCUAGAAUUGAUGGAGUUUCUCUGUACUUACUGACAAACCCAUAUCACACAGACAGAAACUUUGGCAACAAGAUUGUCGAGUACGUGAAAGCCUCUAAAAUAGAAGAACCAAACAAGGGUUGGCCUCCAAUAUAUGUGAUCGACACCCACAUUGCUCAAGUGGAUUUACCCAGAAUGUAUAAAGCGGCUGAUGCAUUUGUGCUUCCAUCAAGAGGGGAAGGAUGGGGGAGGCCUCUUGUGGAGGCCAUGGCAAUGUCAUUGCCUGUGAUUGCAACAAACUGGUCAGGGCCCACUGAGUACUUGACAGACGAGAAUAGUUACCCUUUGCCUGUUGAACGAAUGAGCGAAGUGCUGGAUGGGCCAUUCAAGGGGCAUCUAUGGGCCGAACCUUCGGUGAAUAAGCUUAGGAUGCUAAUGAGGCACGUGGUGAGUAAUCCUGCAGAUGGUAAGGCAAAAGGAAGACAAGCCAGGGAAGACAUGAGGCAUAGGUUUGCUCCAGAAAUUGUGGCGGAGAUUGUAGCUGAUCACUUGGAACAUAUACUAGAGAAGAUAACUUGAGUGUGCUAACAUUUCACACCUGCAAAGAUGUUGCUUAUAUUCUUAGAUAUUCGAAUUGUAAAAUAUGUAGCAUUGUGAGUCUGCUUAUUCAGUCAAAUGACUUGAGGCAGCAACUUACGAGAAGCCAAUUCUUCCCUUCUGUAAUCUUAUGGAUGUAAACUGUUGCAUGAAGAGAUUUUGCAUCAUAACAUGAUCAGAUGACAGACAUGCUGACAUUGUGUAUAAUUUGUGAAGGCUGACCAGUGUUUAUAAUAUUGUUCUGGACCACGCAUCCUCUGAUUCGUAAUGUUGAGAAUCAAAUGCCUGGAAAAGAGAGGCCAAAAGUUAGCAUUUGAUGGAGUUUUCCUUUCACUGAGUUCAGAAAUCAUGGCUAGCUUGACAGAUGAGCAUAGCUACCAUUUGCCCAUUGUGUGAAUGAGCAAAGUGCUGGGAGGGCCAUUCAAGGGGCAUCUAUGGGCACCUUCAGUGAAUAAGCUUAGGAUGCCAAUGAGGCAGGUGGUGAGUAAUCCUGCGGAUGGUGAGGCAAAAGGAAGACAAGCCAGGGAAGACAUGAGGCAUAGGUUUGCACCAGAGAUCACAGCGGAGAUUGUGGGUGAUCACUUGGAACAUAUACUGGAGAAAAAAACUUGAGCGUGCUAACACGUCACACCUGCAGAAAGGAAAGCGGAUUGAGGAACUUAAGAGGAUGGGCAUACUUUUCUGGAUCGCGUAUGAACAGAGGACUAAUGAAUGUUUCCACUGGGAAAUAUCGCGGCACCGGUGUCUUUAUCCCUAAACCAACCAAGGCUUGGAAGGAAUCGGAUGUUAAAAUGAUCAAAGGUGGGAGAAAUAGGCCAAGCUACUAUCAAGGCAAUGGAAUGACCGAGAAGGAAGAUUUGCGAAAGCAAGUGCCAGACUCUCCUCUGAUUUCAACUCAAAUCAUACAUUUGCCGGAUGAUUGGACAUAUGAAAUUUACUGAUGAAGGACUCCAAUGGAAGGAUAUAAUAAAAGCAGAUCCAUCCGUUUUAUUUCUGAAUUUCAAACAUGUAACUGUUCAAGCAUAGUAUCAACUGCAUGUGAAUCGCAAAGUUUUCUGGACUUGACAUGUCAACAACUUCACCUGAUAAUGCACAAUGGUAAUUGCUUCAAUCGA